UAUCUGUAUCUGAUUAUAAGCUUCAUAAAAAAGAAAAACAGUUUGAACAGUAAAAAAACAGGUAUUGCUGAAAGUAAUCAAGAGCAUGGUCAAAAAGAAUCUUUUGAAAAAGCAAAGACCUUUGUAGGAAAAGACAAAACUAUGGCUGGAAAUCAAAAUAGUACAAGUCGAAAUCGUUUAAACUUAGAACUUGCUGAAAAGCGCAAACCUAAGGAAGAAAAAAGUCAACGAAAAACUUCUGCUCAAAAAAGCAUUAGCAAGACUCAGUUGCCAAGUAAUAACAAAAUUGAAAGUCAACGUAAACCUGUUACCAAAGAACAGAUCAAUCGAAAAGAUGAAAAGUUGUUUAAUAGCCAAUUGUUCAAUGUUGUUGAUAGUGGUUUUAAUAUGGUUUCAAUAAUGUUUUUUAUUGUGGUGAAAAUACCUUGUGAAAACCUUUAUAUAAUGUUUGGGCAUGAAGAUCUUGGUAAUUGGGAGCAACCUGCUGUUCAUAUGAGUCUCGACAGUCAGAACUCAGUGGGAUGUAUUUACAAAGGAAAUUUAAUUUGUUCGAAACAAAUUUUUAAAAACAAUUCGGUUGAAUAUAAAUAUGUAAUAUCUAUUGAAAAGAAACCUAUUUGGGAACAUAUUAAAUUGGUUCCAAAUUCUACCGCAGUUACUAAUCGUGUAUUGGAAAUAAGUGAAGAUUUAUUAGAUGUUCUUGAUAAAGAUGACAUAUUUUUUCAAAUUGAUGAUCUCUAUUUUCCACAAAAAGAUUUUCCGACACACAAUAUGGCAACAUCUUUAACAGACUAUAUCAAACAAUAUAAUAUGUCAUUGCCUAAAGGAAAUUGUAAAUUAAGUGAAAUAUACGUCAAUGUUUUUAACAUGUAUUUUAUUAAACUUAAAGAAAUAGCAAAUAUAAUUGAAAGGCCAAUGUUUAUAAGAAGUUUACGAUCAGGAUUUUAUAACGCUUACUCUAAGACUGAAGCUAAAGAUAAAGUGGAAAAAAAAAUCAAUGACAGUCAACCAAUUACAAAGUUAUUCACAGCUAUUGAAAGUUUGUUGAAAUUAGAAAAAAAUGACGUUUUCCGCCAAAGUUUAUCAAUACUACUAAUCUUUUAUGGUGACUACGAUUUAGUUAAACUUGUUCCAAUCAAUUUUAUUUCAUUUGUUUUUGAAAAUUUAUCAUUGGAAUGUCGUGAUUGGAGUUAUAGCAAUAUAUUAGAAAAUGUAGAUAUUCCAAAAAAAUAUUUAAGAUUUUUAAAGUCAGCUUUGAUAUCUUUGCUGGAAAGAUGGUUUGAAAAGUAUAACAAAUCAGAAGAGAAAGCUCAUGUUUGGUGUUAUGCAUUGUUAAUGUUACAUGUUAUUUCUGAUGAAGUGAACCAGGAAUCAGAUAUCAAUCGAGAGCUAAAAAAUGCUUCUAACUGUGGUUUACCGAAUUUCAUUAACAAUAGAUAUCAAGAAAUUUAUAAGUUAACUUCAAAAAAUUUGAAUAAAAUCCAGCGAAGUUUACAAAAAGAUAUAUUGCUUCAGAAAGGUAUUGCAUACCUUAUGGAAUUGAAAUAUUUUGUAAAUGCAUUAAAAACCGGAGCCUUCAACGAACACAUUCUAGUUAACACAAUGCUUAACCAUAUGAAAUCAAGUACACUUUCAGAUGAACAGAUUAAUCAUUGCAAAAGUUUCUUAGACGAAAUGCAAAGUUUGAGUUUAAAUCGAAAGAAUUUCAACAGUAUUCAUUUAGUUGAGGCACUUAUUAGCAUGUUACUUGAUUUAUUAAACAUGUUAGACAUUAAUGAUAACAGUUGCAGCUUGUUUUCUAAAAUUCUUAAUUGUAUUAAUCAGUUUUACAGAAUGAUUGAUCCAUUAAAUGGGAAUUUGACAAAACUUAAUGAAUCCAUUCAAAUGCACAUACCAAACGUUAUAAGCAUGCUUCAAAAUAAGUUUGGUGAAAAAAAGACCUCAUGGAAUUCACUGCCCAAUUUGAAAUCACAACUUAGCGUUAUAGAAAAGCUAGUGGAUCUAGAAAUCACAAAAGGAGACGAAUUCAAAAACCUUGCAGUAGAUAUUGUGGAAAACAAAAUUGUAUGUAAUAUAAAGUUUAAUUUUUAAAUCAUUUCAAAGGAAGUAAAUAAUUGCAAAGCAAUCAAAAAGGUAGUACAAAACAAUUGUUUCACAUUGACUGACACAGAAAAACAAAAAAUGAUUUCGAGUCUCUCCUUCCUUGACUGAAAUCGACUGAAAUUGGUGUUUUAAAUAUGUAUAACUGAACUAAUAAAAAAAAUAAAAAAAUAUAUAAACCAUGAAGGAGAAUUAAUUUUGCAGUCCUUAUAAUUAAUCACAUUUUUCAAUCAAACUGUGUAACGAUUUUGUUUUUAAC